AUGGCUGCAGCACCUGAGAACACAGCCCCCUGGUUUCCGCUUGCAGGGAGCGCCAGGGAUGGCUGGUCGACCAAGGAAGAGGCAACAGCUACAUGCUACUGCGGAGCUGUGCAGUUGGCAUUUCCAACACAAGGCCCUGGUCUUGUUGACACAUUUAUUUGCAACUGCACAGAUUGCCACAAGAUCACUGCAUCCAUGUUCGCGACCAAUUUUGUUAUCAACGACGCGUAUUUAAAGCACUUGCGUGGUAAAGACAUCCUCACCAUCUAUAGCCAGUCGAAGACCACGAUCACCGGCAAGGCAAUGACGAACUGCUUCUGUUCUGUGUGUGGCUCGCUUAUGUAUCGCACGAGUGAAGUGUUUCCAGGACACAGUGUGCUACGCACCGGCACAGUUGAUGAUUUUAGUCUGCAUGAGACGAAAUUGAAGCCAAGGGUCGAGAUCUUUACCAAGGACCGCGUGGGUUGGCUUUGCGGUGCAAAUGGCGUUGAACAGUUUAAGGUAGCACCUCCAACGCUUGGGGAUACCCCCGUUCCAAGUCCCUGA